UCUUUGUUUCAUCGUCUGUAUUUUUUUUUUAUCUACGUGCAUAGACGGUGUCCGCAAUUAUAUUACUGCAACAAAGAAAUAACUCAAAAGUACGUCAGUGCCAUCAAUCCAAGUGACGUGCGUGUGUGUUGCGAGGAGGGAGGGCGGGCGGGCAGCAGAAACACACAAGUCCAUGAUUGAACUAGCGACUACAGUAUAUAAGGUUGCGGCCACUGGCUCAGAGAGAACCAGAGGAGCAAGACGCAGGAAAAACUGGAGCAUUUGUUGCUGUUUCAAUGGGCUUUAAUUGAACUCUGCAGGUGAAAAAGUCAGGAGCAGGAUCCUCAACUCUGACAAAAAAACAUUUCAGCUUCCCAGUUAGGUUACAGUUUCAGCCUUUAGUGAAGAUGCUGUGGAGGGUGACCGUUGCCUUGGCCGUGAUGUGCAUCGGAGGCGCAUGCAACAGCGUGGGAGCCGAUGUGAUGAGCAGACUGAUCGUGCCCAGGGACUAUGGGGUGAAACUGUGCGGGAGAGAGUUUAUCAGAGCUGUCAUUUUCACCUGCGGGGGCUCUCGGUGGAAACGGUCCACAGAGGGGGAAGGCGAGCCGUUCCACUGGACUUCCCUCGGUGAUGUUGCACCCGAAGCCGAGCGGAGGACCUGGCAGUAUGACACAGAUCUCAGAGACGAUAACUCUCCUCUCCCCUUUGCUGCCUCCAACUCGCUAGCUGACCUCUUGACCCUCUUCACAGUCACAAACGAGAGACAACAAUCGUCUUCAGGCUCCCCAGGCCUGCCGAGGGAGUCCAUAGCUUUAGGUGAGCAGGAGCAGAAUAAAGACGCAGCCGACCGGCUUGUAGUGACCAAGAAGAAGAGAAACUUUUCUCUGGGCGUGGCGGGGAUGUGCUGUAACCAAGGCUGCACCAAGAACGAUAUCGGACGGUUGUGCUGAGGCAGAAAGGAGAAAAGGCUGGUGUGAUAAUAAAGAUUAGGCACUGUACAAUAAUUUGUUUUGAGCAAACAAGAAGGGAAACAUUUGGUUCAUAUUUGUUUAAUAGCAGCCAUUAACUGUUUGUCUUUGAACUUAUUUUAAUAAAAUUCAUGUUCUGUAUGUUGACUGUUGCCUUCCUUGGAACGUGAAUAAAUUUUAAGUACUGCA